UUUGCGUCACAACUGCAGCAAGAUGGCGCGCUUUCGAAGCGCAUCGUGAAAGAAGAUGAGGUUAAACGCGUGAGUGUUUUGAUUGAUAAUAAUUUCCUUGCCUCGUCACGCGAUGGAGAAAUACUCGUGUGACAGUGAUCGCAAAUCGAGGAGGAAAAAAUACGACGACGAUCACGGACGUAAAGAUCAAACAUCGCGUAGGGAUCGCGAUUACACGGAAUCUAGGAGAUCAAAGUCGGGGCACAAACGUUCGGAAAAAUCCAGCGAGAGGCGUAAGAAAUCAAAGAACGAAGAUACUCGUUCGCGUCGCGAAUCGCGGAAGAAAUCUUCCAAACAUAAAAGAAAGAGGGAGUCGUCUUUAUCGUCAUCAUCGUCAUCAUCGUCGUCGACUUCAUCAUCCGAUUCGAGUAAACCUAGCAAUGGCUCUUCCACAGAUUCAUCUUCGGAUUCUACAAAAUUAUUGGAGAAAUUGCAAAAGCAACGACAGAAGCAGAUCGAGGAACGUAAACGUCAGAAAGAGUUAAUGAAAGCGAGAGAAACGCCAGAGGAGAAGCGCCUACGUCGUCUGAAAAAAAAGCAAGCCAAGGAACGUAAACGUAAGGAGAGGAUGGGCUGGGACAAUGACUAUUUACACUAUACGAAUACAGAUAAUCCAUUUGGGGAUGGUAACAUUCUCUCCACUUUUGUGUGGUCGAAAAAAUUGGGGAAAGAGGGUUUACUUGGUGUCGGUAGAGAAGAAUUGGAGAUGCAUAACAGGUAUAAGCAAGAAGAGAAUAAGAGAGAAUUGGAGAAGGUCAAGAAGAGGAGGCAAGAGAGAGAAUUGGAGCGACAACAGAGAGAGGAGGAAAUGACCAUGUUGCAGAGAGGCAAGCAGGCUGCUCAAUUAGAGCAAUUAGCUCGGCAGGAAGGUCAAUUUCACCUUGAGCAAGCUAGAUUAAGAUCCCGCAUUAGAAUUCAGGAUGGUCGUGCAAAACCUAUCGAUCUUCUUGCAAAGUACAUCAGCGCAGAGGAGGAGGUCGAUGCAGUAGAAAUGCACGAGCCAUACACAUACUUGCGAGGUUUGCAAGUGAAAGAUCUGGAGGAUCUUAUAGAGGAUAUAAAAGUUUACAAGGAAUUGGAGAAGGGCAAAAAUUUGGAUUACUGGAACGAUAUAACGGUGAUUGUGGAGGAUGAAUUGCAUAAACUCAGAAAACUGGAACGAACGGAAUAUGAAGUUGCUGUUGGUAGAAGAGAAGGAAUUCAUGAAUCAGUCGCCAAAGACGUUACGACUAUCUUUAAGGGCAAAACUGCAACACAGUUGGAAGCUUUACAGUUACAUAUUCAGGCAAAAAUUACCGGAAAGCCAGAAGGCGUCGAUAUCGGAUACUGGGAAAGCUUAUUGUCGCAAUUGAAAGCUCAUAUGGCAAGGGCCCGACUUAGAGAUCGACACCAAGAAAAUCUGCGUAAGAAGCUGGAGGUUUUAAUCGCCGAACAAGGUGUAGCCAGAGCGGAGAACGAGGCUGAGAGCUCGCAAACGCAGGAAAGCGAGUCCUUGAUUAAGCAGGAUGAACCUUCCACGAAUACAGCAGUCGAGAAGAACGAAAAUAAUCAAGAUGAUAAUCAGGAAACUAAUGCCGCUGACGAUAUAUUAUCUGAAUCUUUCCACGAGUAUGAAGCGGGCGGCUAUUCGCCGAGUUAUAUACCUUAUUCGCAACUCGAGCCGGGUACGCUCGUAACACAGGAGGACGAGGAUAGUCAACGACUAGAAUACGCGAGACAACAGGUUCUCAGCACCGGCAGAAAGAUUCAGAGCGUACUAACGAGCGAGGAGCAAGCAAUGCACCGGGAGGCGCGCAAGGGUAUGAGCUUAGACGAAGCGGAGUUUAGCGUCGAAUCGUCGCUGGAAGCGCAGAUCUAUCUCUGGUCCGACAAGUAUCGACCACGUAAGCCGCGUUAUUUUAAUCGCGUACACACCGGCUUCGAGUGGAACAAGUAUAAUCAAACACACUACGACAUGGACAAUCCACCGCCCAAAAUUGUACAAGGCUACAAGUUCAACAUCUUCUAUCCAGAUCUCAUCGAUAAAAAUACUACCCCAGAAUAUUUUCUGACACCUUGUGCCGACAAUAAGGACUUUGCUAUUUUGCGAUUUCACGCAAGCCCGCCUUAUGAGGACAUUGCGUUCAAGAUCGUCAACCGGGAGUGGGAGUAUUCGUAUAAGCGCGGAUUCAGAUGUCAGUUUCACAACAACAUCUUUCAGCUAUGGUUUCAUUUCAAGAGAUAUAGAUAUCGCCGUUAAUGUAAAAUAUAUGUAUCAUUUAUUUUCCUUAUAUUAUUAUAUAAUUUUAUAGAUAAAAACUUGUCUAUAUAAUGUAUCUUCUUAAUUAUAUAUACAACGCUACGAUCAGAUUUUUUAAUAUUGUAUUUAUAUAAAAAAAGAUUAAUAUGGAAAAGAUUGCUAGGAAUAUAGCGAAGAUGUUUUUUGCUUAAUGGAACCGAUUAUACAUUAUUGUUUUAUAGCAAAGCGCGCGGUUCCUUUCGUGAUGCGUUCCGUUUCACGCAUUGAUCGCAUAGAUCACCUGAAAAUAUAUAGUUCACAUAACAUUAAUAUAUUAUAGAUUUCCAAGCGAUCUAUGCGCUUUAUGCAUGAAACGGAAUGCAACCUAGACUAGCGUGACUUGAGCGACGUUCUGCAAACGCUCCAAUUGGUUUUCGAACGGAUCAAUGAGUAACGCACUUGAGUUUUCGAACCAUAGACAUAGAAACCAUAGAAAUAUUUUCUAUGUCUAUGUUAAAAACAUUUGGAAACAAUUGAAACGAUAAAGUAAUUAUACGAACAAUUCAUUUUUGAUAUAAUUUAAUAUUUAAAACAAUAUAUAUUAGCUUUUAUAUUUGAUAAAGAUUCUCUUUAUUGAGAAAAACAGAAAUUAAUAUUUUGAAAUGUAUUUACGCGCGUGCGCGAGAAACGCUGUAUAGCGCCACAUCCGUUGAUAUUUCUUAUAUAGUUCAAAAAAUAUUGUUAUAUAGCAAUUUAUUUUUAUACAAUUCUAUAUCUGUAAUCAGAAGACAUUCUUUUUUUCUGAUAUUGCUCUAUCAUCAUGUCAUGCUGGAACAACUGAUAACGAAUAUUAAUCAAUACCAAUAAGUUAUUUCAAAGUUCAAGAAAUAAUAUAUACUAGAAUAAUUUGUUAAUAAAAAGUAUAAUUUGUAAAUAAAAAAAAAAUUUUGUACAAUAUAAAGUACAACAUAGAUUAGUCUACAAUAAUUAUACUUACAU